AUGAACAACCAAGUUUUAAUCAUCGGUCUUGACCAGGACAGGGACAGCCUGUCUGAAAUCACACCAGACAACUCCCUGUUCAGAGACAAUCUAUGCAUUGUUCAACUAAAGACUUCCCAGCAGGCCGGGCUUCUCCUCAGGAAGCUUGAGGGCCUCCCCCAUGUCCGGGCGCAUUCCUUGAAAGAGUUCUACAGCAUAAUAAGUGCAGAAGACAGGGAGUAUGUUCCAUUGAAAAAGCUAGAGCCCAAGGAGUUUGUUGACUUCCAGUUUUCUGGGCGAGAACAGUUUGCAGUACUCAAUGAUGGUGUCCUUUCCUUAUUCGAGCAGAAAACAAAGGAGUUUGAAGAAAUGCGUGGGUUUAAUGAUGUCAGUAAGUGCGCUGUUAGCAAUGAUGGGAUGUUUGUAUGCUUUUUCGUGGGAAGCAUCAUUGAAAUCAGGGUCGGGAGGAGUCUCGAGAUAUUCAGCAAGGUCAAACUCAAUGAUGAGGUUACAGAUGUAUUGUUCAGCCCCGACAAUAAGUUUAUUGUAGCCUUUACAAAGAAAGAAACCAGUGUAUGGGACAUAUUCAAGAACGAAUGUAUUGUCAAGCUACAGGGGGUCAGAGGAGAUGUUGUAUUCGACGAGGGAUGUGCAUGUUUCUUGGGCCAACGCAAAUCCUUCUCACUUUCAUUGGGCAGGGAAGUUGAGUUUGAUCAAAAGCUCGCCGAAAUGAAGUGUAUCAGGCACCACAACCACCAAAGAGUGGAGUUUGGCGGAGACAAGAUACAGAAGAUCAUAUAUAGUAAGGGAGAGUAUAAGCUUUCGAAGACACAUGCAAAUAUCGAAGACAUCAAAUUCUACUUUUCUGAAAACAGAUGCUUUGCACUUAUGACAAAGAACAUACAGAAAAAGAGCGUUCAGUUCGUCGAAUCCUAUGGAGCAGAUGGUAUAACCCUCACACAGCUCGGAGGAUGUGCAGAGCAGAUCGAGGUUUCCGAUAAGAUGUUUGCCGUUGUGGAUUCGAAACAAACGCUUCUAUUAUAUAGCAGAGACAAGUUUAGCUUUAACAUGGUAAAGCAGAUCAAAAAAGAAGACGAUCUUCUCAUUGCACUCUACGACGAUGUAUGCUGUGUCCAUGACUCUGAUACAGGGAACAUAGAGUUUUACGACAACGGAGAGCUAAGAAGUGCUUACUCCCACCCAUCAUGCACAUCUAUCUCGUGGUCACACAGUGGACUCUAUGUAGCCUCUGCUUCCAUUGGGGACUGCUCGAGUGGACUGGUUCAGAUGUUCAAUAAAAACGGAAGGCUUCUCUGGAAAAAGGUAUUCAACAGGCUUUCUUUAUUUAUGUGGAGGCCUUUCAUGCACAUCCCAGAGGAAGAUAAGAUAAAGGCCAUAGAGCAGUUUGAGGGGUCCAUUGCCGACGAUCUGAGCGGCGAGGAGGAAUGUACGGCAGACGUUGGCGAACUUCUCUCUAAAUGGAAAAGCUAUCUUAUUUCUAGAAAGCAGAGGGUUCUAUCAUUGAAAUAA